AUGGAAUUAUCUUCAUUUUCAUCCAUUUUCUUGCUACUUCUCUUUGCUUUUGCUUUAGCAGAAGUGGAAUCAGUAUAUUUUCCAGGAAUUUACCAGUCUUCAUUGAAGAAAAUUGGCAAAACUGUGAAGCCAAAGAUACCUUACAAAGCCCGGUAUUUUCCUCAGGUUUUAGACCACUUCACAUUUCAACCAAAGAGUUACAAAAUAUUCUAUCAGAAGUAUCUGAUAAAUAGCCAGUACUGGCACAAAGGAGCCCCCAUAUUUGUGUAUACAGGCAAUGAAGGAGAUAUCGAUUGGUUUGCUGCCAAUUCUGGCUUCAUGCUUGAUAUUGCUCCUAAGUUUCAUGCUCUCCUAGUCUUCAUUGAGCAUAGGUUUUAUGGAGAAUCAAUGCCAUUUGGGAAGCAUUCUUACAGGUCUGCAAAGACAUUGGGGUACUUGAAUUCACAGCAAGCACUGGCUGAUUAUGCAGUCUUGAUAAGAAGUUUGAAGCAUAAUUUAUCUUCUGAGGCAUCCCCAGUUGUAGUCUUUGGAGGGUCCUAUGGUGGAAGUAUGUCUACUUAA